CGGCACUGGGCCUGUACUCACUGGAGUUUAGAAGAAUGAGGGGGGACUUCAUUGAAACGUACAGAAUAGUGAAAGGCUUGGAUAGAGUGGAUGUGGAGAGGAUGUUUCCACUGGUGGGAGAGUCUAGGUCUAGAGGUCACAUCCCCAGAAUUAAAGGACGUUCUUUUAGGAAAGAGAUGAGGAGGAAUUUCUUUAGUCAGAGGGUGAUGAAUCUGUGGAAUUCUUUGCCACAGAAGGCUGUGGAGGCCAAGUCAGUGAAUAUUUUUAAGGCAGGGGUAGAUAGAUUCUUGAUUAGUACAGGUGUCAGGGGUUAUGGGGAGAAGGCAGGAGAAUGGGAGAGAUAGAUCAGCCAUGAUUGAACCGCAGGGUAGACUUGAUGGGCCAAAUGGCCUAAUUCUGCUCCUAUCACUUCUGACCUUAUGAACACUGGGGACAAUUUAUAAUUCUUACCAAAGCUGAUAAGAAUAAUUCUUACCGACAAACCUGCACGUCUUUGGAGUGUGGGAGGAAACCAGAGCACCCGGAGAAAACCCACGCAGGUCCACGCGGGGAGAGAACGCACAAACCUGGUACAGACGGCAGUCGAGGUCAGGACGGAACCCGGGUCUCUGGCGAUGUGAGGCAGCAGCUCUACCCGCCGCCCAUGCUGCUUGGACGUGACUGCUGGCCGUGUGGAUAGAAGCCGUGGCCGGCGGCUGCUCAGCCCAAGAGCCCCCCUCGUUGUAACAAUGACCCCACGCCCAGUGGACCUCGUCUCCCAUUGGCCGCCCGCGGUUUCUAUGACGACGUCCCCCCCCCCGUCUCUGACCUCAGCGGUGGGUGUCGGAGGUCAAUCUUUGUUAGCCAAUCAAAAAUGAAAGGGCACCAAAGGCAGCAGUGGGUUGGAUUGUGGGGCAAAGAUUUGACUCGCUUCAGCCCAAUAGGCAUUAGACGGGGCAAGCUGCGAGACACGUCUCCUCUGCGGCACAAACCUCGCUCCGACGUUCAUUUGGAGAAGGAAACGCAAAAUAUAUUGGAGCAUGCAUGAGAGUGGAGCACACCAUGUUUGCUAAAGACGUAUAUUUGCAGUUUAUGCGAAAGCACUUCGCUCAGAAACAGACAGGGUUUCAGAAGAAGCUGCUUCUGCCGCGCACCACCCAAGUGGUGAUCGAGGACGGCUUUGAGGGGCUCGUCCAUCGCUUGUGUGAACCGUGGGAUCUCCACGGACUCCCCACCAAGGCGUCAGAACAGCCCGUGUGCUGGCCCCAGGAGUGCCAGGUCAUUAAGGAGAGGAUCAGGCACAUUGAGGGGGUCUCGCUGGGCCCAGAACUGCUUUACCGUGCAACCGGUCUGGAACAAGCCCCGAUCUACACGGACACCGAUGAGGGUGAAUUGGUUUACGAAACCAAUAAAGAUUACCUGCAGCCGUUCUUCACCUUUGCCCGAGUGGGAGGGAGUUCGCGGCCACUGACGGAGGCAGCCGUUAACAUCGGCCAGCAGGACAACACCCUGAUAUUCGAGUCUCGCUUUGAGUGCGGCAACCUGCAGAGAGCUCUUAAAGUGGGUGAACGCGAGUACACGCUGGUGUUGCGGACGGACAUGUACACGGCCAGACACACGCAGUGGUUUUACUUCCAGGUGCGGAACACCCGCCGCUCGCUGCCCUACCGCUUCACCAUCGUCAACCUGAUGAAGUCCAGCAGCCUGUACAACAGGGGCAUGAAGCCGCUCCUCUACUCGGCUCGGGACGCCCAGGACGGCGGCCGGGGCUGGCGCAGGGUGGGCGACCAGAUCAACUACUACAGGAACGGCCAUGUGUCGGGCGGGGGUCGCCAGUACUUCUCCCUCACCUGGACCUUCCAGUUCCCCCACGACGCCGACACCUGCUACUUCGCCCACUGCUACCCCUACACCUACUCCGACCUGCAGGACUACCUGCUCCAGGUGGCCACCAGCCCGGCCAAGAGCAAGCUGUGCAAGGUGCGGGUCCUGUGCCGGACGCUGGCCGGCAACAUGGUCUACCUGCUGACCGUCACCAACCCGUCUCGCAGCCCGCGGGAGGCGGCGGCCAAGCGGGCGGUGGUGCUGACGGCCAGGGUGCACCCGGGCGAGAGCAACAGCUCCUGGGUGAUGAAGGGGCUCCUCGACUGCCUGCUGGGCAGCUCGGCCGACGCCUGCCUCCUGCGCGACACCUUCCUCUUCAAGAUCGUGCCCAUGAUCAACCCCGACGGCGUCAUCGUCGGUAACUAUCGUUGCUCCCUCGCCGGCCGCGACCUCAACCGCCAGUACCGCACCAUCCACAAGGACCACUACCCCCCUGUCUGGUACACCAGGAGGCUCAUCAAGAGGCUGCUGGAGGAGAGGACGGUGCUGUUGUACUGUGACCUCCAUGGGCACAGCCGCAAGCAGAACGUCUUCAUGUACGGCUGUCAGGAGCAGAGCACCCUGGCCACCUGCGCCCAGCAGCGGGUGCUGCCUCUCAUGCUCAGCAAGAACUGCAACGACAAGUUCUCCUUCCAGAGCUGCAAGUUCCACAUCAAGCGGGAGAAGGAAGGGACGGGGCGAGUGGUGGCGUGGAGGUUGGGCGUAGCCAACAGUUACACGCUAGAGGCCACCUUCUGCGGUUCUACCAUCGGAAAUAAAAGCAAUAUCCAUUUCAACGUGGGAGAUCUGGAAGGUAUGGGCGCGCAGUUUUGCGACACACUGCUGGACUACUGUGACCCUGACGAAUCCAAGUAUAGCCAAUGCUUAAAGCAGCUGAAGACCCAGAUGAAGGAGGUUAUUGCAACCAAGAUGGGGCUAUCCAGCGGCGAGUAUGAUUCAGACACUCCACUCAACGAGAUCCUGUCCUGCAUUGAAUCCAGUUCCGCUGGAUCUAACAGUUCCGUUUCCGACGAGUCGUCGUUUGUUAACAAGGAGUGCACCGAUUUCUCUGCACAGGAUUUGGUACAGAGGAAAAAACAACUAAAAACCAAGAGAGUGAGAGGAAAUUCCUACUUGAUGAGGAAGGCCUUGGACAUGGAAAACAAACAGCAGCUUCCCCCAAAAGUCCAGCCUCCCAAGUCAGCUCGGCAGACGGGAAGGCUACAGAGACAGGCUCCCCACUCCCCCUACCACAACGGCAGUGACCUGGACUCAGACCCCAACGCCAAGGUCCGAUGCAGAAGGAAUGAUGACUACCUUUCGGGCAGAGUCAGCGUGAAAGAGCUGACGUGGGUCCCUCAGCCCAACAAGGAGAGCACUGGGCCUUACAUGACGCCUCACUUGAUCGUCUCUCCGGUACAAUUCUUCCCCGUCGGUAAAACGAAGCUCCCUCUCAUCGAUCAAGCGACAAACAGGCAGUGGAAGACAUGCCGAAAAAAAACUAUCUAUAACGUUGUGGCUGUGCCUACAUCCCUCCUAGCAGCAAAUGGGUACAGCUGCGAGACCUCCUCACCGAUGGCGGGCCGUAACUCGGUGUUGAAUGUGGAGCGCCCGCGGACCAGGGGGCCGGGCCGGGCCUGGAACCGGCAACCCGAGGUGAAGAUGGCCCUGACCAAUGCAGACAGGAGCCGACCAGCAGCCCACAACAGAAGCCAGCGGCCACGCUUGAGGAAGCAAGUUUGCAAAGAGAGGAGGCCGGUUGGCGUGACUGGGAUCAAGAGGAACCCGAGGAUGAAGAGGGGGAAGGAGAGCCGGCCCAGGUCAGAUCGGAGCGCGGCAUUCACCCCCCUGUGGCAGGAGGCAGUGCCCAGACGCCCGACUGCCAGACGCCAGACAACGAGAACCGUCUCCAGCACCCUGUCUCCCAAGGCCACUGGCUUUCACCUGUUCCCAGCGAGCAAGUACGCUCCCGAAUUGGAGGACAGCUCCGACUCAUCGUCCCAGAGCAGUUCCUCCUCAGCAAGCUCGGACACAAUGUUCGGCAGCUACCUGGACAUCGUGAAAAUCCUGUGCCGUUGCCAGCAGCGAUCCAAAUGGUCAUUCGGUUACGCCGGCCAAGGGUUCAGGUCAAAGGUCCUCACCCACUCUCCAGAGUCCCUCUACAGCCCUCUGGGCACUGCCAACAUUCUGGGAGAAAGCCCAGAGGUUUCAGACGAGGAGAUGCCCUCAUCAUCCCCGGCUGGGCCAGGAGGUUCCUUGUUGACGCUGAAGUUGGGCCUGAACGUGGGGGAGGAAGCGGCGUGCCUCGGCCUGGAAGGGGAGGAGCAGGGUGAGGACCACCCUCUGGAAAACCUCUUCACCAAAGCAAGAGCAGGACCCCAGAUGGCCAGGCCCAACAAGGAGGAGCUUGGCUCCUUCUCCCUGGUGUACAGGAAGCACGUCAAGAGCCAAGGCAAGGAGGAGCAGACGAGAAGAAAGGAAAAGUCACCCCGUAAAUCAGCCGGGAAGAUUGGACCGAGUAUGGCCAACCAGAUCAAACAUUAGUUUAGUUUAAAUCAUUAUUGGUUUAUUUUACAUUGAAUUUAUCGGCAUUAAUAAAGUUCACUCCACCUGGCUCAGGUCAGUAAUAGGAAGUGUGUAACAAAAGAAAGAUUCUUAAGUCUGAAGAAGGGUCAACAUGUCACCCAACACGUCACCUGUCCACCUUCUCCACAGAUGCUGCCUGACCCGCUGAAUUACUCCAGCACUCUGUGGAACGUCACCUAUCCAUGUUCUCCACAGAUGCUGUCUGACCUGCUGAGUUACUCCAGCACUCUGUGAAACGUCACCUAUCCAUGUUCUUCAGAGAUGCUGCCUGACCCGCUGAGUUACUCCAGCACUCUAUAUCUAUCUUUUGUAUAAACCAACAUCUGCUGUUCCUUUUUAUUACAGCAAGUAAUGUAGUUUUUGAAGCUCUCACUUACGUUGAAUUAUCCGACUGUAAUAUAGCGAAAGAUAUAUUGUUCUGUAAUCAGUUUCUCUACAUCGAUGAGACCAAGUGUAGACUCGGCGAUCGCUUCGCCCAACACCUCUGCUCAGUUCGCACUAACCAACCUGAUCUCCCGGAGGCUCAGUACUUCAACUCCCCUUCCCAUUCCAAAUCUGACCUUUCUAUCCUGGGCGUCCUCCAUGGCCCAAGUGAAUCCCACCGCAAAUUGGAGGAGCAGCACCUCAUAUUUCGCUUGGGUAGUUUACAUCCCAGCGGUAUGAACAUUGACUUCUCCAAUUUCUGGUAGUCCCUGCUUUCUCCCACCUUCCCCUCCCCUUCCCAGCUCUCCCACAGUCCACUGUCUCCGCCUCUUCCUUUCUUCUCCCCCACCCCCACAUCACUCUGAAGCAAAGAUCCUAUAGCGAGCAAGAUAGAUCACUUGACGAAAAAGACGUAGUACGGACAUGGGCAGAUUCACUGGUAAUUUUCGGCCCCAUUUCCGUAACCGGCUUCCGUCUCCCCACCAAAAGUCCCAUAGGAUACUAGUGCGGAGACGGAAGCCGGUUACGGAAACAUCCUCGUAAAAAUAAAAGUUAUUUGGUAAAAAUUUAUUAACACAAACUGUUCCCCCGCAACGUUGAUUACACUGCGAGUCGGGUCGGGUUACUGAAAUGGAUGA